AUGGAACUACGGAGAGUCAUUGUCUGCGGACUUCCGACAAUUAAUGGAACCAUACCACAGCUCCACCAACAACCAGAUGACAAUCAAGCAAGGAGACACAUCGUUUGCGGACUGACGGCAAACAUAAUCAUGCCACAGCUCCAUCAACAGCCACAUCAAGAAGCAAAUGAUGAUCAAGCUGAUGUGGUGGAGCUCACAAAGGUACAAUACUGGAAAGCUAGGAAACUCUUAAUCCGCAUUGAGGAAGACGAAGAAGACAUUGAGCCAAUGUUCAGCCUAGCCCUUGAGAGAAUGCUAACCUAUGCACGUGAAUCUGCUCAACAAAGACGCCCCAAACAAGAACAAGGAGAGUCCUCCCGAGACAAGACUCCUCGUCGAGACUAG